GUGAUCUCAUACUUGAUUGAGGCAAGAGCGGAUGUCAACCAGCAGCUUAGUUUCACAACGAAGGAGCCGCGUUGGUGGCUAUUCUUCAAUGCGAACAGCACGCGCCACUUGAUCAGCCCCUCCCUUCUGACUCGCCUCUGCUAUCAUCACAAGUCGGCCACUCCAUUGAUGUUAAGCAUUUUGGCAGGCAGGCUUGAAGUUGCACCUGUUUUGCUGCAGGCAGGUGCACGAUGGGAUCUCAAGAAUUCAAGAGGCAGGACGGCCGCUGAUUUUCUCCAAGACACAACGGUGCCAGAGUGUCUCAGAUCAGUGGUUGUCAGCUGCGCCGAAGAUGGUGCAGAAAGCGAUUCCGACCAUUGUUUCUCCAUCUGA